GAAGCCAGCACCUAUGACUGUAUUUAUAUGGCACACGGCAAACCCAGGGGACCAGAGUCCUCUUUAGGAGCUGGGAUCUCUCCAGCUUCUGUCACAGACAAGGGAGGCUCAGAGACCGAAAGCUGCUCCCAGGUAGGGGGCACCAUCACACCAGCCAUGGCGAGAUCCGGUGUCUUCAUCCCUCUGCUCCUCCUCUUCCUUCUCCCUCAAGUCUCCCCCGACUGCUACACCGGCACAGCUGAGGAGUGUGGUGAGACCACGAUCUUCGUGCCCGCAUACAGCUUGGUGGGGGAGGGCAUCGACGUGACCACUCUGGAGUGGACGGGGGCUGAUGUGGUGGACACCAGCCUGUGGCGCCGCCCAAAUGGCGCCUGCACCAUAUGCGAGAACCGGCUGCAGGGGAGGCAGCACCAGAGGCUGCCGCUGGCCGUGAUGGACUGGAGAGUCAACAUCUCGUGCAACUGGGACCUCAGCAGCUCAGCAGAAGAGUCAGCCGCGGCUGUGGGCCGGGCACUGGCGUCGGAGGUGAACAACGACUGGAUGAAAGAGCUGGAGCUGGUAGAGGAGCCCCAGGGCCCGGCCUUGGCGGGGUCCAAAUCCCGACUCACCAGCUACGCUUACCAGAAGGAGCUGCAGGACAAGUACAUGUUCAUACGCCACGAGAUACCCUGUGUGUAUUACAGGUUGAGUCUCACUCAAGAUCCCCCACUGAUGUCCCAGUUCUCCCGGGAACUGAAAAGCCUCCCACCCAGCUACGACUCAGCCACAUACUGGCCCUUCCUGGCCACGUACGGUACCCACUAUGUGAGUCAGGCAGACCUGGGGGGGCGCGUGCAGCAGCUGACGGCUGUCCAGACCUGCCGGGCAGUGCUGGACGGGCUGACAGCCACCGAAAUCAAGGCACACCUCGACUCACGGUUCUUGCAAGACCUGGGCCUGAGUCAGACUAGCAAGCAGAGCAGCGAGGGCACGGGGAGCUCCCAGGCACCCUACAUGGAGAAGCGCAUCAAGGUGACGGGUGGCAACAGCUACUCCAAGCGGCUCUUCUCCACCGAGCAAAACGCCAGCUCCUUCUCGACCUGGAAGGAGAGCCUCAAAGCCAGCCCCGACCUGGUCUCCUACUCUCUGAUGCCCAUCCACACCCUGGUGAGUCUGAGCAACCCCAGGCGGGAGGCGCUGAAGCAGGCAGUGAAGGAGUACGUGGCUGAGCGGGGGCACAAGAAGAGUUGCCCUCGUAGCUGCCCACAAGGGGGCCAGGCUGACCCCUUGGACCCCUGCAAAUGCUACUGCACCGACAACCCCCUGACCAACUCCAUGUGCUGUUCACGUGAGCGGGGCAUGGCCCGGCUGAAGGUCCAUGUGCUGAAGGGCACAGACCUGUGGGGAGACACCGUGUCCGCCACCGACGCCUACGUCAAGUUCUUGUUCCAAGGCCGGAAGCUGCAGACAGACCGCAUUAAGGAUGAUAACGACCCCAUCUGGAACGAAGACCUGGACUUCGGGCCGGUGACACUGCCAGAGCGGCCCAAACUGGAAAUGGAGGUGUGGGACAAGGACAUAUUGGACGACGACUUACUAGGCCGCUGCUUCACCUACCUCAGGGUCGGCAGGAAUGCCACACUCACCUGCAGACUUGAAAACGGCCAGCUGCAGUUUUACUACACACUGGAGUGCGGGCCCAACCUGGGGGGCAACAACUGCCAUGAGUACGUGCCUGUGAGAGGCUCAGGGGAGAGAACCCAAGAGUCCUGGCUCCCAACUCCCCAGCUCUAA